AUGUUACUUUGCUCGGGUUUAAAGAGUGACUCAGUGGAUGCCCUCCGGGAAAUACUUAUUUCAACCGUGAAGUCACUUGUGGGCCCUGGACUGAUUUCUAUUGGAGAUAGUUUGGAUGACAUUAUUCAUGAGAAAUUUGGCAAAGAUUCUUAUGUACGCAUUGGAGGCGGGAUGUCUCCAACCAGAAAGCGAACUGCCUCGAAUAUGUUCAAUGAUAAAGAGAACAGGAAAUUUGUUUGCUUGAUGGAAACUCGUGCCUGUAUCCCAAGUAUUAAACUUUCAUCUAUAGAUACUGUAAUUCUAUUAAACAGUGAUUGGGACCCAAUGAAUGACUUGAGGGCUCUGCAUAAGAUCAACCUUAGUUUGGGUCGUGAGCAGCUGAAGAUCUUCCGUAUAUAUUUAUCUUGUAACUUGGAAGAGAAGAUACUAAUUUUAGCCAAGCAAGGAACGACUCAUGAAGAUAUGAUUGACAAUGAACCCCAUGUUUUCUGGAUAAAUUUACUUAAUGGGAGGAAUCCUAGGUGGAAAUAUUUGUCCAGUCCAUCGUCAAGGGCUAUAAAGAAAGGCAAACGGCACAAUGAUUUACGUGAAGAACCAGAAGAGGAAGAAAAGUCUAACAAGAAGUGCCGGAAGGAGGCCAGAAGCACCGCUAAUCAAAGAUGUCCUACGGACCUUAAACCUAGGAUGAAAAAGAAACUCCAUGCUCAAUAUAAAAAAAGAAAAUUUUCAGUUUUACAACACCCCUGCAACGAGCCUCUACAACCUUCAUCAAGCAUGCCAUUAGCAAUGACAGGAGAUCGCAGUGAACUGAUUGUUACUAAUCUUGGAACCACAAAUGCUUCUCUAAUUUCUGGGAACAAGGACCCUCCAGAAGCCAAUCGACUUACACAUUCUGAGGCAAAACAAUCUGUCUGUUUAUCUCUCCAGCGGGAGUUGGAAAGACUGCAGAAGGAUAAAGACGAAAAUUUAAAAUUGCAUGAUGAUAUGGCAUUGAACCAAGCAUCAGCUUCUGCAAGGAUAGUCUCAAGACCUGAUGAACUGUCGCUAAGCAUUGCAGGGUUUCACUCAAACAUUAACAGAAACCUUGUGGCUGGAUAUGAACUCAGGGCCCCUGCUCCACAUCAUAGAAGUAUGAGACCUAUUUCAAUCUCAGGACCCAACCUCUUGUCUUCUCCAAGCACAGGGAUACAUUUUCCACCACCCAUAAGUCAAUCUGUACAAAUGCAGCAUGUUUUCACAUCAGUUCCUGCAAUUCCACAUGGCGAGCAAUUCCUGUUUAGAGAUGUUUCAUAUGCCAGCUCUCCCUAUUUCUGGGAUUUAGACAGAACGUGA